AUGACGGCUUGGAAGAAAUCUCAUCUCACUGCUGCCAAAACCCAAAAGGCAGAUGGGGUCAGAGAAAGUAAGUGCCCCAAGCGGCAGGACAAGAGGGCGGCGCGCAGCGUGCACCAAGUUCCACCCCAGCCCGCCCAGCGCCCAGAGAGCAGCAGGGACACGGACCUGCCUGGCCAGCCCCUUGCUGGCGCCAGGCUUCGCCGCCCCACCCCAGGGCAGCCCGGCAGUCCAUCCCCCAGCGCGCCGUGCCCGGGCGGGCGGGCUCCGGCUCCCACCUACCAGCGGGUUCCGGCAGCCGCCUCGCCGCUGCCCGCUCAUCUUGGAGGCGCAGAAGACACAGCGCCGGCCGGGGAGCGAGCGGUGACGAGCGGGGAGGCAGGGCAGAGCCGCGCCGCCUCCUGCCCCGCCUCCCCGGCUCCGCUCCCCGCAGGCCUGAUUUGCAGAGUCGAAGGAAUCCUGGAUCACCCACUGAAGUACUUUGGGAGUUGUGAGUGCUCAGCACCAGCACAAAUGAUAUUCUACACAAGACUCCUGGGAGCUGGGAGGUACCGGCUGCUGCGACUGGCUACCUUCCUCCUGGCUUGAGAAGAGCUCCUGGCUGCAUGGCUCCAGGGAUUCCGAAGGUGUCACCACCUUCACUCCCGUUUUCCUCCUCCUCCUCCUCUUCCUCCUCUCCCCCCCCCCACCGGCUCUGAAGUGUCCAUGGUGGUGCUCGAAGUGGAGGUGGGGUUAACCCCAAGCAUCGCAUCCAGCUCUUUAUAGAAUCGGCAGGUUGCAGGGGGAGCACCCAAGCGGCCGUUUGCAUCGCGGGCUUUGCGGUAGGCACUCCACAGCUCCUUCACUUUAAUCCUGCACUGCAGGGCGUCCCGGUCAUGGCCCCUUUCCAUCAUGUCCUUUGAUACCUUCCCGAAGGUACAGCUUCCUCCGCCCCAAACACUGAUGAGGUCCAGCAACUCGCCAUUGCUCCAUGCUGGGGCUCACUUGGCGCGUGGAGGCAUGGUCACCUGGAAAGAUUCGCUGAUAGCACUCCACACCACGCCAGGCUGAGCAAACAGGAAGGGGAUUUUUAAAAUUCCCGGGGAAUGUAAAGGGUGGGUCACAUGGUUAGUUACCUGAAGCCAGGGCAGUAGAGUUUGAACUGAUGACCAGAGUGGCUAGAACAGGCAUUGUUGGGAUACUGCCGAAUAAUUCUGGAGGCCAUUCACAGCGCAUUGGCGGCCACACUGGCGCCGCAGCACUGCAGCGGCAGUGCAAUAACGCUAUUCCUCUUGGGGAGGUGGAGUACAUGCAGCGCUGCAACCACAGAGCUACAGCGCUGCAAAUGCCUUGCCAGUGCGGACGGGGAGUGAGUUACAGUACUGGGGGCGGCUUUACAGCACUGUAACUCGCAAGUGUAGCCAAGGCCAGAGCCAUCCUGUGGAGAGCACAGGAACAGGGAAGGAGCAGAGAAAGGUUGCUGGGGUACAUGCUAGGGCCAAUGGCUCUCAACUUUCCAGACUACUGUACCCCUUUCUGGAGUCUGAUUGUCUUGCAUAUCCCCAAGUUUCACCUCACUUAAAAUCUACUUGCUUAUAAAAUCAGACAUAAAAAUAUAAAAGUGU